UAAGACGUAUUAAGAUUGUAACACUCGAGUGUUACAUAAGUUCUUUUUAAUCCUUUUUUAAAUUUUAUACAUUUGUUGUUAAGUGCUCCUUAAAUAUAAUUUAAAGCAUCCUUUUAAAUCAUUAUUCAUUUUUAUUAAAUCUGAAAUGGUUGAUUAUUAUUAUUAUUUUUUUAAAUUCAUGUGUGAAAAUGUUUGAAGUUAACAAAGCUGCAGAAGUACCUCUCAUCCCAUAUGAUUUGGGUUAUGAAGAAACUUUAUUACAUUUGAUUAAAUCGUUAGAUUGCUUAGACAAAGUUGUUGAUGCUGUUUAUACUCACGUCCGAAGUAAUAUUAAAUCACAAAAAUGUGAAAUAGAAAAAUUAAAUAGUAAACUCACUAAUGUAGCUAAUAAAGUGAAAAAUUUACCUCUCAUUAACAAGUCAAUCCAAGUUUAUUCAAGUUCUAAAUAUCCUGCAACUCAUUGUUAUAAAGACUAUAACUAUUGCUACAAUUUUGAUGUAAAAUCUAAUAUUGUAGCUGAUAUUCAAGUUGUUCAUAAAGUAACUGUACCUAUCGACCCUAGUAAAAAACUUCAGUUUUUUAAUGUAGAUUUACCUGUUAAAAGAUCAUCUAAAAAUAGAGAUAUCUUGCAGCGCAAAGGUAUUGGUAAUAUACCAGAUAAUAUAAAUUAUAUUAGUUCUUUGUUAUUAUUCAAUUCUAAUGAAAAUUUAUACAAAAAUUAUACCUUAUUAAAUUCUUACAAAACCAAUCCUAAAAUAGAGGAUAAAAAAACUGAACAAAUUCAAAAUUUGAACAAGCCUGUAUUUACAUUGCCUUUAAAUGAAACAGAAAAUCAGUUUAAUUAUUCCUAUACGCCAGUUUAUGAAGAAAUACCAUCUAUUGAUGUUCCAACUGAUUUACCAGAUUUGCCAGGUAUUGCCGGUGAUACAAUUUGUUCAGAAAAAGUGAAUAAUGAUAUACUAAUUGUAUGCCCUCAAUCUACUAUAGCUGAUCUACCAUCAUUUGAUGAACUGGAUCACUUAAAGAGUGUUCAAGUGAUUUCUUAUAAUUCAGCUACCUGUUUAGAAGAAAAUACUAAAAUAAAUGAAGAUCUUAAAAGUAUUCCUCCAGUAAAUUUUAUAAAAACUACAAAUGAUGAUAUUGAAUUAGUUAAAAAUGAUUUAAAAUCUAUUGCAAAUUUAGAUAAUGUAAAUACUCAUAGUAUUCUUAUGGAUGAAAUACGGAAUGCAGGAGGAAUGCAUAAAGCUAAAUUGCGUCCUGUAGAUCAUCGAAAAUCUAACUAUAAUGAAGUACCAACAGGUGAUGGUUUAAUGGCUGAUUUACACAAAAAAUUAGCUAUGCGUAGACAGGGAAUAUCUGGUUCAAAUAAACAAAAUGAUAGUGGGUUAGAAGGAGUUAUAUAUAGGAUGGCUACAAAAAUGUUACCACCAGAUUCAGAAUCUGAAAAUGAUAUUGAUGAAAAUAAUGAAACUGAUGGCGAUUGGGAUGAUUAGUUCAAAUUAUUAUAAUAUUAUUGUUAUUCAGAAUUUUUAUACAUAAAUUAUAUUUAUUUAAAAAAACUAAUUGAUAAA